GGGGAAGGGAAAUGAGUCCGGAGGGCAACGUGGCUAUCCCGGGGCCACAGAAAUAAUUCCCAGUGUAGCAGAGGCGGGUCCCCAGCCUCCUGCAGGUGCGGCGGGUGCGAGGCGGCUACUCUGGAUCCCAACAGGCAAAGGAUUGCUUGGAGAGAGCGGGAAGGCACAUUUUAGAGCCGCUUAGAAGCUCCUCGAGAUGCCAGACCUGCCCUCAGCCUUCCUGCCCCUCCUCCUCCUCUCCAAGUUUGUUACCCCGGUGACCUUUCGUCACCACCGCUACGACGACCUCGUGCGGACGCUGUACAAGGUGCACAACCAAUGCCCGGACAUCACGCGGCUCUACAACAUCGGGCGCAGCGUGAAGGGGAGGUACCUCUACGUGCUGGAGUUUAGCGACUAUCCUGGGACCCAUGAACCCUUGGAACCGGAAGUCAAGUACGUGGGGAACAUGCACGGGAACGAGGUGCUGGGCCGCGAACUGCUGCUGCAGCUGUCGGAAUUCCUCUGCGAGGAGUUCCGGAACCGGAACCAGCGCAUCCUGCGCCUCAUCCAGGACACCCGCAUUCACAUCCUUCCAUCCAUGAACCCUGACGGCUACGAGGUGGCUGCUGCCCAGGGCCCAAACACGUCUGGGUAUCUGGUUGGUAGGAACAAUGCAAAUGGGGUGGACCUGAACCGAAACUUCCCGGAUCUCAACACCUAUUUCUACUACAAUUCGAAGUAUGGCGGCCCCAACCACCACCUGCCCCUCCCUGACAACUGGAAAAGUCAGGUGGAACCAGAGACCCGGGCAGUGAUCCAGUGGAUUCGAUCCUUAAACUUCGUUCUCUCAGCCAAUAUGCACGGCGGGGCUGUGGUGGCCAAUUACCCAUAUGACAAGUCACUGGAACACAGGUUCCGAAGUCCCCAUCGCACCUCCAAUUCCCCCACACCGGAUGACGAGCUCUUCCAGACGCUGGCCAAGGUCUACUCCUACGCACAUGGAUGGAUGCACCAAGGUUGGAACUGUGGGGACUACUUUCCAGACGGCAUCACCAAUGGGGCAUCCUGGUAUUCUCUAAGCAAGGGAAUGCAAGACUUCAAUUAUCUCCAUACCAACUGCUUUGAGAUCACCCUAGAGCUGAGUUGCAACAAGUUUCCCCGGCAAGAAGAGCUGCAAAGGGAGUGGCUGGGUAACCGGGAAGCCUUAAUCCAGUUCUUGGAACAGGUUCACCAGGGCAUCAAGGGAAUGGUGCUUGACGAGAACUAUAACAACCUCACAGGGGCUGUCAUUUCCGUCACCGGCAUCAACCACGAUGUCACUUCAGGUGAACACGGGGAUUAUUUCCGGCUGCUGCUUCCAGGUACUUACUCAGUCACUGCCAAGGCAUCAGGGUAUGAGCCCAAAACAGUGACUGUGACCGUGGGGCCUGCGGGACCAACACUGGUUGACUUCCAGCUCAAGCGAAGCACGACUCAGGUGCACCCUGUGCAGAAAGCUCCUGGCCGAGGACAGGGAAGCAGGGCAAAGCAGCCCCGGACAUCCAGAAAGAAAGACCAGGCAGCAAAGCGGCACAGGGGCCCUGCAUGAAGCCCAGCACCCAGGGCCACACACAGCGAGGCUAUCCCUGCUCUCAAACCCCCAUGGCCACACUUCUCUUUUCUUAUCUGGGACAUAUGUAGACGCAGGCACGUACCGAACAGUUCUGAGUGUUUCUGUCUGUCCCAGGAUCAAGCCUUCCUUGGGCCAGCAUUAAAGGAGUCCGAACCUUCCA